GCGCCUUCGCUUUUUAGUCAGCUAUCCUCACGUCUAUGCAAUAUUGUCGGUCGCUACGUAGUCUGUUUCUGUCCGCCCUGGUUUCGCAGUCUGCAAUCUAUUCUUCAUCUCAUCAUUCUCGACCCGUUUGCUGAGCUCUUCAUCACAAUCUGCAUUAUCGCCAACACUCUGCUUAUGGCCCUUGACAGUCCAGACAAUAGCGAUGAUUUUGCGCUCUUCCUAAAAGUGGCCAACUACGUAGGCUGA